UCGCUCAGUGCUCGACAUCAGCAUGUUAUCUAAGGCAGUAAUCUGUGCUCUCCUUGCGGUGGCGGUCGCGGCGCCGCAGGGCUAUCGCGUGCCCACUCCCGCACCCACUUACGGCAGCGGCCCCGUCGUCCCCAUCCUCGUGGACAACCGCGAAGGACCUGAUCAGUUCGGCAACUACAACUUCAACUUCGAGACUGGCGACGGCAUCAGCCGCCAGGAGCAGGGCGCUCCCCAGGGCGAGCUCGGCGCCGUGGCCUCGCAGGGCGGAUGGAGCUUCACCUUCCCUGAUGGCACUCCCGCCGUAUUCAGCUUCGUCGCCGACGGCGCUGGCUACCAGCCCCAGUCAGACCUGCUGCCCACGCCCCACCCUCUCCCCGCCCACGCGAUUGCGCAGAUCGAGAAGGCUCGCCAGGAGGACGCCCUCGGCGCAAACCGGCCCUCCGCCCCCAGCAGGGGCUACGGUCUCCCCUAAGAGACUGCGCCAGAAGCGUUUUCUUGAACAAAUGGCUAACUUAUCUGAGAAAAAGCAACGGUGGCGAGAAAUGGCAUUUACGUAAUUUAUUCCCAGCUUUUGUAUAUUAUAUUUUUAGAGAAUUAUAUAAUAAACAGAUUCAUACGUA